UGGAAAAAUGCACCUUACAGGGUACCCCUCGUCUACCUGCAUUCUCCAUGGAUGGGGACUUUAUAAUUGGAGGAGCUUUUGUCAUUCACUACCAAGUGCACACAGUACUUAACAACUACACCACCAAGCCUGGGGUUGCAAGAUGCACAGGAAGCUUUAGCGCCCGGGAUCUCCGCUUUGCUCGCACAAUGAUCUUUGCAAUUGAGGAAAUUAACAACAGCACAAAGCUGCUGCCAGGUGUCAGACUUGGUUACCAGAUCUAUGACACAUGCUCCUCUGUGCCUGUAGCCACACAUGUGGCAUUUCAGCUGUCAAAUGGCCAGGACCCUGAGUUUUACAAAGGCAGUAACUGUUCACUUUCUGGAGGUGUGAUAGCUGCACUUGGAGACUCUGGAUCCACUCCAUCCAUCAGCAUCUCACGCAUCAUCGGGCCCUUCAACAUCCCUCUGAACAAUUCCCAGUGACCAUUACCAAGCUGAUGCCCUAGCCAAGCUGGUGAAAAACUUUGGCUGGACCUGG